GGAUUCAGCUUCUUGGCAGAUCAUGCGUCCCGUAAACUUUCGCGCUCGACUGUACAUUAGUGUCCCUGCCCUGUAAGUAGCACAUCGUGGCGAAUUCAGUGGUCGGAGAAGGACUAACCUAAGAGCAAGAGCUUUUUUCCCGAUUCUAUCACGUCCGUCCUCAAGGUAUCAUGCCUCUGACGCUUCUGGCAGCACUUUGACUACGUACUAGUUGCUGAUAUUAUCUAAGAUGCAACUGCCAACUGUCCUGACUCCGACGUGUUCCCGUCCGUCUGAAGUCCUGCGUGAAUCCUCUUGCAGCCUCAGCAGUGCCACAGCUUUUUCUCCUAACCGCGCCAGCUUUAUGAGACGCCUGGCAACUACCGGGGCGCUGUUCCUUGUGCCCGGCAACAGCUGCCUUAUGGUUUGGGUCUCGCCAGCACGUCGUGCCCGUGUAUAACUGGAACGUCAUCCGAAGAGCACAAGCCCUACCCUAAACACAGCUAUUGCUGUCAGUGCAUCGUUCUUGGAGUGAAACGGGCAAAUUUUGUAAUUGGUCUUCAUAACGAAAGUUUAUGAAAACAAAAAUGCCUUUGUAGCUGAAAACCAAUCUCAUUAAAAUUUGACGGUUCAACUGCUCAUAUUCACUAACAUGAUUCGUUAACAAUGUGUAACGAUGGCUUUCUCAGGUUUACGAGAUUCCCACUGACUGACUGACUGACUGACUGACUGACUGACUGACUGACUGACUCAUAUUUCCCGGGACGCCGACUCAUCCCGACGGUUUCCCUUCCAUGUCAUUUAACAAGACCUUCUUUGUUUCAAGUAGUAAAGGCAAGGCGCAGAAGACCAGGACUUAGCAAGAAGAACACAAACGACAGUUGUGUGACCAUCGGCGCCGGUCCUGUCGUUUGUGUUCUUCUUCCUAAGUCCUGGUCUUCUGCGCCUUGCCUUUACUACUUCAAGCAUGAACCAACUAGCACAAGCAAGAGUUUUACUUUCUUUGUUUCGUCCAGUCUUAUGUCGUGCAGUGUCGAGAUGAGACACCUGCAACAGCAAUGGUGGCGCUAGCGAUGCUAACUUUCUGAGACCCCUGGUAGAUGCCAGGGUGCUGUUCUUUCAGCACAGUAGACGUUGCCUUGCGCUCAGCUUUGCGCCGUCUCGCCACCCGCAUUUAGUUGCAAAUUGGAGUUGUAAUUGUAUUUGUAAGUUGUUGUUGUAAACCUCCGAGCAGUUCGAGCGCAACGUUAACAUUGCUGGUAGUGUUGUGACCAACUUUGUUAAACUCGUUUGUGAACUGCAAAAGAAAAAAGGAAAAAGAAAAGGCACACGUGAUAAUGUUGCUUCUAAAACCCUCCUUUUUCAUGUAACUACCGCACCUGCGGAAUUCUACAAUGGCACUUCUUCAGCACAAUGCGGAGGACCUAGCCCCACGAAAUGUCAUGGCUAGGACAAACGAUACCGCUUGCAACAGCGUCUAUGUGGGUCCGUUGGAGGUCGACGUGAGCUGGGAGCCUCCGCGGAUUGUUGCAAACCCCAUCAAAGGCUACAACAUCCACGUCGUCACAGUCAACGGCAACGACAGCCUGAUCCAUGUCGACGCCAAUGUUAAUAAGCACGUGGUUUACUCAAUGGAAUGCUGGAACGCCUACAUUCUCCGUGUGGAGGCCCUUUUCGAAUCCGGAGCGUCCGCACUUUCUGCAUCCGUGCUCUACGCCACGGGAAACCGAACGCACAAGUACUUUCCGCAAGACCUACACGCUACAGAAAACCGCACUAGAUGCGAUGCCGGUGGUGAUUACGCAUCUGUCGUUCUGCAAUGGAAACCCGCCCAGCUCGGCAAUUUCUCCGUGACGGCCUACAAUGUGGUUGUCUUCGACGUCAACGACACCUCGAAGCCAUUCCGCGUACCCGCUGACACCACAAUAUUCACGUAUGACAACGUCGGGUGCAACGGCACUACUGUCUUUGGGGUGUCCACGGUCCUCUUCCUCAGCUCGGAAGCGUUCCACGGGGUCGGUGGUGGCGAAUUUGUCUACCCGGCUGCCUACGUAGCUGCGUCCACAGAAAUGAAGGCUGAACUUCACAAUGUCGAUGGAGCCGUCCCCUCGGCUGCGUCAAGCCUGUCAACCUCAGCCAUCUUGUGCAUCAUUCUCAUUCCUUUGGCGGUCAUUCUACUCACUAUUCUUCUGUUCCUUGGGUACAAGAAGUAUAAGCAGAACGAUGGGCGUGGCCUUCUGAGAAACGACGACAGUCCCUGACGCUUGGACUAAAAGAAUGCUUCGCCAGCUUGCUACGAACGAGAAGACGAAAAGCUGCGCGAAAAAAUGGCUUAGCUACCGAUAGUCUCAUUUUCAUCGUACCAAUCAUGAGCCAACUGGACACAGUAACAUGUGUGGUUCUGCGAUCUCUUGUGUGCAAUAAAUCUCACAUUUCUUUUGAGCUGA